AUGAGGUGGAAAUUGAAUACAUUUGGCCUUUUUCUGGCCUCGUUGUUCGUCACAAAACUUGCGGAUGGGCAGGAAAACUGUGUUUUUCCCGAACAGUCGGCGACAAAUUUCUUUUUCGACAUCAGCGCCGACACUCCGGCGAAUUCGAUAUUGGUGGACACCGUGGUCGAGCCGGCGGAUGCGGAUUUGAAGAUUUUGUCGGUCAAGUCGAAUAAUAUCAAGGUGAGCAAAUGAUUAUGUACUUUAUAACGUGAUUAACCGAUUUAUAAAUCAAAAUUUUUUGUUUGUUAAAUUCGACGCAAAACAACAAAAAAAUUUUUUGACAUAUCGCCUACUUAUUAUCGAUUUUUUGAUUUUCCGGGGAAAUUACUUUUUUUCUUAUUUCUGGAUUAAAAUACGACUUUCGUAACGCAUGUAUACUAAGUAUUUAUAAAUCAAACAAUUUUCCAGACCGAUCUCUCUUCAAAACUUGAACUAGACCACCGAAGAAAUGGCCAGUUCCUCAUUGUUGCCAAGGAAGGAAUGUCCUUACCGCCGUAUCCAUCCUCCAUCAAUCAGACAAUGUUGUACCUGACAGUGGAAUGUAACGGAAAGCCGUAUCCAUUGAUAACCAUUCGGAUAAAAAAUUUCAACACCUUCUCUCCGGAAUUCUUGAAUUCGCCGUACGAAAUUUUUGUGGCUAAUGUGAGUUUGAAAUGGGAUAUCAAUUUUCAUUUUUUUUGUAUUUUUUUUUUGUUUUUUUGUUGUGAUGUUUACUGUCUGCCUUCAGGACGCAUUAAUCGGUACCGAAAUCGAGACUCCAAUUGUGGCAUUCGACAAAGAUCCAAGUGAAUCUUACACGGUAACUUAUAAGGUUGACAGCCACUACCCGGAACUCGAUUUAUACGCCUCCGAAGAGCGAAUCGAGCUGAAAACCUUGCCAAGUCAAUAUGCUUUGAAACGAUAUGCCAAAAAGCAAAUCCCAAACAAGAUGAAAUUGAAAGUGUUGGGGGCGCUGCAACGACAAGUUUAUUAUUUCAACGUGACAGCCAGUGUGAGUUUUAGAAGUUGAAAAUUUACAUUUUGCAAUGUAAACUUUGCAAAAUAUCUUCCUACGGUCUUCAAAAUCAAGGCCGUUUUACCAUUAAGCUUUUGACAGCGUAUUUUAAGCAAUUCACACCCUCUUUGCAGGACAACCAAUCGCCGGAGAAGACGGCCAACACUCUGUUCAAGGUCGUCGUCGGAGAUCCAAGAGAGGCGGUUCCGCAUUUCACCCAACAAAUCUAUUACGGCAAUUUUACAAGGGUAAGAUCGUUUUCUUACUGUUACGUUUUUUACUCAACCUAUGAGGGCUCCGCAAUCAUUUCUUCUUUAUUUUCAGAGCCAAUAUUCCGAGUCCGAAAUCAUCCUUACACAGCCAAUCAUAGCGCUCUUCCCUGACCGAGGAAUGAACUUGCCCAGCUACGAGCCCAAGUAUGAGCUCCAGCGGUCCGAUUGGAGCACCUACUUCCGACUGGACAAAGACUCAGCGAGAUUGUUUUUGAACAUCCCCAGACAUAUUCAAAUCCCGGAUACUAUUGAGCUGGGUGUUAGGGUAAGCUUUUUUAUUCAGCUUUUUGAUAAAGAAAGAGUUUAGAGGUGACGCUCACAUUUGUUUGAAAAUUUUGCACACGUUUGGCUUUCAAAUGAGAACUUUAGCUUGCGCUUUGCAAAGGGAGCCGAGAUUUUUAAUGAUCCUUGCUGCCGAGAGAACAGGCGAAACGCGGAGCAGUCACGGAAAAAAACAGUUCUUGGCCAUAUCUUUGCCAGUUUCGUAGGGAAAAAAUUAUUUUUUGUGGAAACAUUAUGCUUAACUGUAGAAAUAAGGACGAAAUUUUUAACGGUAAAAUUCAAAAAAUUUUCGUUAAAUUUCGACCUAAAUAUUGUGGUUUUUUUGAUUUAUCUGAGCGGCACAUUUGGAGCGGCUUUUCUAUGAAUAAUGUACAACUUUUAGGCCUAUCUCGAAGCCGACCCAUCUGUUUCUGUGACCUCAAAAGUGAUCUUGACUGAUGCCAGUGAGGUCAAGUUGACCUACUUCUCACAGUGUCGUUACAAUGUCCAUUUAGAAGAGAACCCGCCCGUGAACAGUCGGGUUGCACAGUUUCUAGUCAAGGGAGAUGUAAGUUUAUUUGAGACUUUUUUACUACAUAUUACGCUUAUCUUUGCAAGGGAUGUAGUGGCUUUUUAUGGAGGGAUUACAUAAAAAUUAAUAUUGCAGAUCGAUGGGAUCGACUUGCUAAAUGGCACAGAGACAUUUGAGGUUAGUUCCGAUGGAGUUAUGACGGUGAAGGACAACCGUUUGUUGGAUCGUGAAGAGACGGACAGAGUGAUUGUCAUGGCUCGGCUAAGGGUAGGAGAUUUUUAUCGCAAUUUUUUGUUUUCCAAAGGCUACAAUCUUGCAGUAACUCGGUGAAAAUAAACUUACAAAGGUCUAAAAUCGAUUUCAUUUUUCAGUCCUCAACGCCUCUCCAUCCCAAAUCCCUCGAGCUUUGUCAGCUGGCUACUGUCGACAUCACCAUCGAAGACGCCAACGACCAUAGCCCCAAGUUCGAACAGAAUACCUACACCUUCUACAUCGAGGAGAACCCGUACAACAAUACGGAGGUUGGGUCGAUUACCGCGACUGAUGAGGACAAAGGUCCCUUUGGCAAGGUCAAAUAUCGGUUCUUGGACGAUACUCUUCCAUUCAUAUUGUUUCAAUCCGACGGCGUUGCGACGAUCUACUAUGUGACGAAGAAUGGGGCCUUCUCUCCGGAGAAGAGCUACUCUUUCACCGUGGAGGCAUACGAUGCCGAUGUUUAUCCACGGUAAUUACAUUGGCGGAUCUGAUCCAGUAACAAAAAACGUACUAUCUUGCUUCCGAAAAGUGUCAAAAAAUGUUGCAAAAUACUUCCCUCUCCAAGUAAAGAACUCCGAUUUCAAAAGCGCGCCCGCUCUUUUUGUGAGGAAAAGGAAAAACGUUUUUUUUGGAGAGGUAGGCAUUUUGCUGCAUUUUUUGAUACUCCCCGGAAGAAAAAUGAUGCGUUUUUUGCCACUGAAUAUGGUCUGUCAUAGGCGUUUGUUGUACACAGACCUUGUCGUUUGUUGUUCAAAGGUGUCGCUGUAACCUCUUCUCAAUUUCAGGACCUCCCGAGUCACUGUUCACGUCUACCUUGGCGAGAAAACCGCCGAACAAGUCGAACCUCUGGACAUCGCCAAGACUGCGGAAAGCCGAGACCCUUCUCCUCAUAAGCUUGACAAGACCACCUCGCAAUUCAAAUCGUUUGGCGCCGCCACCCUUGACGAACGCCGUUCCACCGCGAAUAAACUGGAAUUUGGCGCAGAAGUCUACAAUUUCAACCUGACCGGCAAGUUGGAUAUCGGAGAAUAUAUCGGGACCAUUCGACUUGCCGAAGAAAAAGAGGACGUCGAUUACGAGCUGGAGGAUGGGAUCAGAGGAUUUGUGAAUUUGGACUCACGCUAUGGGACGUUGAGGGUUGGGCAGAAGCUGCUGGAAGAUGAGUAUGAGCAAAUCAGAUUUGCGGCAAUGGCUAAAAGCCGUCGAGGCGAGACUUUGGUGAGUGAAGGGGAGGUGAACUUAUAAAGGACUCUAAAUGGAUGGAUAUCUGUAGUGAGGAGCAGUAUUGUUGCUGCCUUUUGGGAAAGGGCCAAAAGUUUUUUACAGUCAAACCCCUGGAAAACGAAGCCUCAUACGGCUAAAUCAAUACAUAGAAAACGAUUUAAAAAGCUAAAGAGUCAAUUUUAAACUAUCACGGUCAUCCGAACAACAAAAACUUUGUACAAUGAGCAAUUUUUUUGAGAAUUUUCUAGUCGUUGUACAAAGAUUUGAUUGUUCUAAAAAAAGCCAAAAAUUAUCUGUGAACAAAAAACUGUCAUUUUUAUAUAUAAAAGUAAUUUUUGAGAAGUUAAUUCCCACUUUGUUUACGCGGUUUUGUGCGGCUUACAAAAAGCCGCUUCUCACGGGAAAUAAGAAAUUUUUUUUAGCUUCACAAACCAAAAGCAAGCUCCACUUUAUAAAUAAGCGAUGUAGAAGAGUUAUAAAGCCGUACUUUUCAAGCUCUUGAAGUUUCUUUUUUCGACAUAGCACCACGUUUUUAUGGCCAAUUCUCUUCAUUACGAAUAAUAUUAGCACGUAUUUCUCUGCAAUGGCCUCGCUAAAAGCCUUUUAAGUGCUACAGUAAUAAAGCCCAUGAUUUUCCGCCUUAAAACAAAUUAAAACCCGCUUUCUCGAAUAUUAAUCCCCUCUUAAAUUCCCAUGUCUUGAAAUCCGUUUCCGUCAUGACACGAAGGGUAGAUCCCAACGCAUUAGCCGCCGUUUUCCCAGCGCCAACGGGCCGUUUAAGCGCUGCCGAAAAACGAAAUGCCAUAACGAUUCGGAAAAAUGCUUGAGGGCGUUUUAAGGCGAAUCUCGGCGAAAUCCCCGGGCGCCUUGGCAACGGGAACCGCGAGUGGCCGAAGGAACUUGACCAUUUCGUUUUUAUUUUUUAUUUUCCUGGUCACUAAAUGGAAUUAAUCGCUGCGCACGCCGAAUGAAUGCUACCCCAUUCCUGGGCAUUCCUGCUGGCACAGGUGCUUUUUCAAGCAAGUUUUUGCGCUGUCCUUUCCGGUUGUGUGUUGUGUCGAAAGAGGGUGGUAAUUAGAGGGUUUAGUGACGAGUUUUGUUCGAUAUUUCGGGGAAUAUAAGCCUAUAAUUAGCGGGCUUACGGUAGAUUAAGUAGUAAGAGAAUAUGUAAUAAUUGUUGUCCUGUAACUUCUUUGAGCGAGCUAUCGUACACGUACAAAUGUAUAAAGAAAAAAUAGUUUUUUAUGAAUGAUGACGUUUUUUCUGUUUUUUGAAAAAAUAGUACUAAUACGGUAGCUCAAGAUGGUAGUAUCCAAAUUUUGUAAAAUAUUUAUAGGCAACAACUUUGGUCACAAUCUACAUUGACGAGAAGGCACCAGAAUACUCGUUGAAUCCGCUGUUUGAACAGGCAAUCUAUCGGUUUGAGAUCGAAGAAAAUCAGCCGGAACAAAGUUUGGCUCAAAUUGAGGUAAAUCAUCGAAAUUGAACAUCGUAUUUUACAAAAACAAAAUAUUUUUUACAAACUUAUCUGAAGAUAUUUAUUAUCUGCGAAAUUUGCAAGUUUUUCCUCGAAAAAAUAACUUUUUUUAUUAUCUCAGGCUCAUCACCGUUCGGUUGAGCUGGGCAAGGACAAGAUCUGGUACACCUUGGACCGAACAAAUGAAGCCAAACUCUUCAAAAUCGACCCCGAAACUGGCUGGUUGGCUUCGAAGAAGCCCUUGGAUUUUGAGGAAAAGAAAACCUACGAUUUACGGGUGAGUAAGCCACAGAAGUGCGCAAUAAAACAGCGAGCAGUGAGAGGAUUCUCAUGCCGUUAAAGUUGUUUGUACAGUUCAUGAUUUAUAGCUUUUAUUUAGCAAAAAAAGAUAAGGCCAGACCCAUUCGGUUAGCUUGACAUGCCGCGGCUUUUGGCUUGGCACAGACUGAGGCCCAUAUCUAACACUUGUAGUACCCAUAUCUAACCCGGACCCUCUUCUUUUCAGAUCAACGGGUGCCUCGAAAGUAACACCAAAAAAUGUGGACAUGCCGAUGCAAUUGUCGUUGUAAAAGACCUCAACGACAAUGAACCCGUCUUCGAAAAGACUCACUAUCAAGUCGAGAUCCCAUCGGACCUUUCAGUUGGCUCCGAAGUGGUGCAGGUCCAAGCAACCGACAAGGAUUCGGGUUUAAACGCAAAAUUACGGUACUUCAUCUCCUCCGAGUCCGGAAUCUACGCGCACAUGUUCACCGUGGACGAGGAAACCGGGCAGGUUCGUUUGGCGAAGCCGUUGGGUCCUGAGGUCACCGAAAUGUCAUUUUACGUAACGGCCAAGGACUCGGCCGAACCUCCGAUGAUGGGAAGAGCUCAAGUGCAGAUUACGGUGUUGAACACCGGAUUCUCGAACGUUAAUGCGCCGGAAUUUGAUGACGUAAGCGAGAAAAUAAAAUUUUUUCGCUUGUUGCCAAAGCUCUGCAAAAUUUCCAAAAAAUCCGUCAUGAUGACAUCCCCAGUUGCUCUUCAUUCUUUGAUUUUUUGUUGUUUUAGGUCGUACAACAUGCUACAAUGUCUCAAAAAAAUUGUAGGCCAUGGUGCCAAAUUUUUUUGUCAUGAUGACGGAUUUUUUGAAAAUUAAUUUUUUUUGGGUUUGCUGUUCUAAACCUCAAACUAUAUUUUUUUCUAGCCCAUGCCACAGACUUAUAAUUUCGAAUUUUUAGUUCCGUUACGAGGUCUCGUUCCGUGCUCCAAUCCCAGCCGGCGCCACAAUUGGAAGGGUCAAGGCGUCCGACAAAGAUCCAGGGCUUGACGGAAAGGUUUGGUACAGUCUAGUGGAAGACCACUUGUCCCGAAAGUUCACCAUCAACAGAGAGGUGGGUUAAAAUUCGCUUUAUAACUUGCAGUGACUGCGAAAUAUUCAGCCAUCUUUUUUUACCGAGGGAGUACGCGAAACACGAAGAGCGGUCAAAGAGAAAAACACUUUGCCAUUUCUUUGAAAGUUUCAUGUUGAAAAAACUUAAUUUUUUGUUUAUACGUUGCUCUGCCCGAUAGAAGUAGGUACGAGGGUUUUCGUGCCGAAAUUUGCAAAAAAAAGUUGCUGAUUUUUGCUAAUUCUCGACUAAAAAGAUUUUUUCUGCAAAUCGCAUUUUUUUCGAUUCUCAUAUAGCAAAUGCCUCGUCAAGUUUCUUCCAAAUCUAAACCUUCCUUUGGUGCCCCCUCCUCAUCUGUCAACAAAGAAUCUUUUUCAGACCGGCGAGAUCAAAACAACGGCUCCAAUUUCGGUUGCGGACGGCGAUCUGAUUCAGCUGACCGUCGAGGCCCACGACAGUGCUCCGAAGUUCCCGAGAAAGACUCCUUCAAUCUUUAUGAUCCACUUGGUCGAAUCAGAAGAGCCCUUAGCAUUCCUGCCGAUGCCGAAGACCGUGUACAUCUCCAGUUCGAAGCCGGUUGGAUCCAAUAUUUUCAAGUGAGUUUAAAAGGUUCAUUUAAACCGUCUAUGAUCCUCUUCUCUUUUUCCAGAGUUGGCCUGAAGAAUGGAGACUCGAAAAACGUAAAGUUCAUGGUCGACCAAGAUCCUCGCAAUCAACUGUUCGGCAUGAUCGACGACUACUUGAUUGUUCUGCUUCGACUCAAGCAGGGCGUCUACAAGAUCAGUAUCCGCGCGUUCAACCCCAAAAACAACCAGAGCACUGUUCAUUCGCUGAAAAUGGUGGUGAUGACGGAUAGGGACAAAUAUCCGGUCUUUGAGCGGCUGGGAUAUGAGCUGAAGGUAGGAUAAUUUUUCUCUCAAGAGUCAUAGGAAUUAAUGAGAUGUUGUAAAAUAAAGCUGGGACUGUGAAACGAAUCACAGGAGACCAAGGAAUCUAUUUGUUAUGAAAAUUUUUGGUUGAGCAGAGGUCCAUUUUGGCCUGAAAUUGACCCUAGAGGUCGCUGAAAUUUGAACAAAAAUUUGGCUCCUGAGACCUCUGAGAUUGUUUGUUAUGAGAGGUUUCGUUAAUAAAUCAAUUUUUCUGCUACCAAAUUUCUAAAAAUCCCAUUUCAGGUUCCCGCCGAUUCCUCCUUCCCCGUCAAGCUCCCUGCAUUCCCAGUCUCUCUUAGAUCGGGCCGAAUCCAAUACACUCUCUACAGCGCCAACGGCGUUGACCUGCCAAAGGGCGUUAAGAUCGACGAGAUCACCGGAGAACUCACCGUCUUCGAGGAGUUCACCACUUAUAUGGAGCGAGAGUUGGCCCGGAACGAGGCGUUUUUGGUGGUGCGAGCGAUUAACGAGCAAGAUCCCGAGUUCUACUCGGACGUUGGCGUUACACUGUCGUUGAAGCGUCCAGUCAACGAGCUGAUCUUUACGUCCAAAUUGUAUCGAUUGAUUGUCAGAGAGGGCGCUAGUGUGGGCAGUAUCAUUAACAGUGUGAAGAUUGGAGUGCAACAGCCCAACUUGCAUCCGAAAUUGUCGUUUUCGAUGAGUCCAAACGAAUGGUUUGACAUCACGGAGAAAGGAGAGGUGCUGUUGAAAAAGCAGGUCGAUUUGGAGGGACUGCCCAAGGAGUGGAAUGGAGUUGUGGAAUUGACGGUAAGGGAAACAAAAUGGGCUUUUUAGGAGGGAUCUAUGAACAAAGUGAAUUCUUUAUGGGGAAAAAAUAACGUCAAUUUGGUGUGUAACUUCUGUAAAAUAACGUCACAUACAAAAAACCUGGCUAUAACAAAACAUUUCAGAGGUUUCAAGCAUCAUUUCUACGCCAAAAUGAACCUCCUUAAGACGAAAUUUCAAAAAAAAUUUUUUUGUCCAUUGCGGCUCGUACAGAGGCUUGAUUUCUUAAGCAGCAAAUCUGAUUCAUGCCACUUGAAAACCUCACAAAAAUUACAUGAAACAACUCUAUGCAAGUCCAUUUCAGGUCACCGCACAAGACGGUUCCAAGAAGGCUGAGACCCAAGUUCAAAUCAAAGUUGAAGAUGAAAACGAGUACGCUCCCAAGUUCGAGCAAGCCAAAUACAGCUUUACUGUGGAUUCGGCGGUGCGCCCGGGCACACAAAUCGGUCAAGUUGUGGCCUACGACAAGGACUUCUCAGAUCAAGGAAAAGUGAUUUAUAAGGCCAAAAUUGGUGAGUAUUUUGACGUCCUUUUUCUAACACGGUGUUGACUGCCGUGGAUAAUGUAACUCUGAAGUUGUGAAGUGGCAGCUAAAAGCGCAAAGCACUAAUUAUGAGAUUUUAGGUUCCGCGGUUGGCUUGGUUGAUGUGCGAAGCGAUGGGAAGAUCUUCAAGUCGGACAGUGAGCCAUUCGAACCGGGAUCUCACUAUAAUUUGAUCAUUACUGCCAGCGAUUCCAAAGGAAAGCAGGUGAGUGUUGCAUUCUCAAAGAUUAUGAUGUCGUAUUUUACUACAUACGAGAGUGAUUAGGUGUCCAGAUCUCUACGUUAUUUCCAGCUGAACGUUUUUUCAAUUGACAUUUUUACAGACCGAAACGAUCAUCCUUUUCGACGUCACCGAGGACUCAAGUGUAAUCUCCCCGAUGAGUGAGAAGAGCCACAUUAUGCACAAGUCCGAAGCCUGGUCCCCGGAGUCUGUUGAUGAUGGCAUGAUGAUCGACGCUAUGCCAAAAGGCAAUUGGGACUUCAAAAUUCUAGAGGGAAAUGAAAACAACGGCUACAUGAUCAAGAAGAUGAACAAGACUACCGCAAAACUUGCGAUAAUGAACCAGAACAUGUUGAAAAAAACGCGAGACCACUUACUAAUUGAAGCCACCAACCUUGACGACCCCUUCGAGAAAGUGGAGACCGAUUUAACGGUUGAUUUGAAAGCGUUGAAGCCGGCGCAAAAGCUAGAGUUCGAGCCAAACCAAUUGGACGAGGUGCUUGUAAAUGCCGCAACGGCUCAGCCUAACUCGCCUAUUUUCCGAGCCAAAGUUAAAGGAGGUGGUGACGUCAAGUUUUCGAUCCCCGGAGGACCAGAGAGCCUGUUCAAAAUUGACUCAGAAUACGGUGAUGUUUAUCUCAACCAUCCGAUUGACCAGCUCGAAAAUGGUGAACACGAACUGCUUGUGACGGUUAGCUCGGGAAGACAAAAGGCCAGUAAAGUGUUCACUGUGAUAGUCAGCGUGCCAACAGCGAGUCCAGAGCCGUUCCAGUUCAGCACCGUCGGCAAGAUCGAUGAGAAUCUGGUUGAGUCGAUGGAACAGGAAGACUCAGAAGGACACAGUGUGAAAAACGAAGAGAUCACGAAGAAAAUUGAAUAUACAACAACGGAAAGCACUACAAGGGCGACUACAACUCAGAGGAUGGUUACUACGACUGAAAGGACCACUCGGAGACCAGAAACCACCAUUUCUUCGACAACAAAGCCAUCUCCUACGACGGUCAAACCGACGACAACCCAGGCUACAACAAAGAUCGCUGCGGCUCCUGAAACCACGUUAACAACGUUCUCAGUGGUUUCAAUUUCUCCGUCAUUAGCUUCUUCUGCGAGUUCCUCAACUUUGUCCUUCGGCAAACCCAAAUACAAGUUUGAAAUCCUCAAUCCGAAGCCGAAUGAUGUUGUCGGCAAACUCGACAUCGCCAGCAAAGGCCCAGUAAAGAUGAAUAUUGUCCCUGAACAAUUCAAGCAGUGGUUUGGGGUUGAUCCGUCCAGCCACACCUUGUACAUGAGAGACGUUCCUCAAGAACUGGAAGGUCGACAACGCGCAGAGUUUACAGUGAUCGCACAAGACGCCAGGAACUCCAGAGUGAGAGCUGAGGUUCCGGUUAAGGUGGAUCUGGUCCUUGGAAAAGCCGACGAGCUGGUCCACCCAGAGGAUGAAGUGGAAGAGGAACCCACUUCUCCAACGGUCGAUUUCUCGAUUGAUACUGAAGCUACAACCCUUACGACGGUAGUUGAAGUCCAAAGAGUUACAGUAACGCCAGUGGUAGUCCAUGUGACUAGUCAGCCGAUUGUGACGUCAUCAGAGCCAGAGACGACUGAUGGGGCUACUACGGAGAUCUUCGAGAACACCCCCGACUUUGAGAGUGUUACAGUAGCCACUGAAGAAACAAGACAUCGUGAAGAGUCUACAGCAAUUUCCAGUAACGUUGGAGUCCUACGGCAGCACAAGUUCACAGCCAUCUUGCCCGAAGGGAGAUACGGAAACAGAGGAGCGGUUGUGAAUCUGAGACCAAGCUCGCUGAAGGAUAAUAUCGCAGAUACUGUGGCUGAUGCUGUGUUUGAAAUCGACUCCGAUGAGCCGUCGCUUCCGUUCUAUGUCCGCAACGAAACCGGCGACCUUAUAGCUUUCGCAAAUAUCGACCGCGAGCAAAAGUCGCUCUACAAAUUUAAUGUCUUAGUGAAGUCGCUGUCUUCGCCGGAAGUCAAAGACACCGCCGAAGUUACCAUCACCAUAUUGGACGUCAACGAUAACUACCCAGUAUUUGAGAAUGCGCCAUAUGUGAUUGGAGUCAACAUCAACGAGCUUCCAACAAAAACGAUAGCGGUGUUCAAGGCGACCGAUGAGGACGAAGGUCCGGCGGGAAAAGUGAAAUACCGAAUCACAAAAAAUUACAAUGGCUUAUUCGACAUUAACUCGAAAGGAGAGUUGUCGUUGACCACGAAGAUCACAGCGCUGCCUCCGGACGACACGGAGAUUGAAGUCACAGCGCUUGAUGGAGGAAGGCCGGCAUUAAAGACUCCGCAGACUGUGAGAAUCGAAGUCUUCGAAGAGUCUGAUGCACCAGCGUUCAAAAAACCCGAAUAUAAUGUGAAUCUGGGGAAAGACGCCAAAGCCGGAGAAUAUGUGUAUCAAGUUAUCGCCGGGUUGUCGCCGUAUACGUAUGAAAUCAAAGGUAAGGGUGUUCGAGGGAGGGCUGAGGUUUUGAUGGAUAUAAUAAAACGUUAUAAAAAAGGGUUAAAUACAUCCGACCUCUACUGUGUAGACUGUUGAAUACCGAGUAAAAUUGACGUACAUAACUAGCAACAUUUUUUUUCUUACAGACGGUGGCUCCGAUCUCUUCUCCAUCGACCAAAGCAACGGUCUCAUCAGACUUGCCAAAGAUCCCCAACCCGAUGACCAAAACCGCUACCAUAUUCUCAACGUGAGCGCAAUCAGUGAUCAAGGCAAGACCGCCCACACCACUCUCAACGUGUUCCUCGAAGGCGAGCCAAUUGUGGUGACAGUACCUCCACCUGCCGAGAAUCAAAAAUGCAGAUUCGCGCAGAAAAUCUACAACGCGGAGAUAAGAGAGAAUUUGCCAGGCAAGAAUAAACUGGUCACAGUUUCUUCUGAUUGUCAGAAGCAAGGGAGAGAUGUGGCAUUCAGCAUUCAUCAAGCUAACGAUGUGUUCUCAGUUGAUCCGAAGACUGGCGAGGUGUUUGUGAAUGGCGCUUUGGACAGAGAACAGAAAGGAAUGCAUUUUAUCGUGCUGAAUGUAACCGAGAUCACGAGGCCGUCAAGGCAAACGAACAACCCCGUGGUUGAUUGUAAGUUUUUUUGGGCAAUAGCCGAAUUUUGCCUCACCAGGGUUAACUGUACUUUAUACAGUAGCUGGGCUGAACCAGUGGCAAAAAAGUAGCCUUUUGCAUCCGGAAAGUAUCGAAAAAUGUAUCAAAACACCUCCCUCUCCAAGUGAAAAAGCUCCUAUUAUAUUUCAAAAGCGCGUCCGCUGUUUUUGACAGGGAAAGGGCCCGCCUUUCAAAACGGAGUUCUUUAGUUGGAUAUGGAGGCAUUUUGCCACAUUUUUCAAUACUUUCCCGAUGCAAAAUGGUACGUUUCUUGUCACUGGAUCAGGUCUAUCAUUAUAUUCUAAAAAUCCCUCUCCAGACGCCAAGAAGAAGCUCUCCGAAGACCAGGCGCUGGUCUCCGUCAAAGUUCUCGACGAAAACGACAACGAGCCGGUGUUUGCGAACAAGAACUCGCAAGGAGAGCUCGUUGCCAUCAUUGAUUGGCAAGCCCCACUUCUGCAGCCGGUUGUGCGACUUGUUGCAACAGACGCCGACGAGAAGAAUCGUCUCAGCUACUCCAUCGAGCAGAACGAAUAUUUCAGCGUGAACUCAACGAACGGACUUGUCUAUUUGACCAAAUCGUUGCUAAACAGCUACGAAGACCGCUUCAAAAUGCGAGUCACGGUUCACGAUGGUGCGCAUGAAGUGUCGGCGUCGUUAACAGUGUACAAAUUAGCGCCCGGAACGAAUAUUGUAUUCUUGGGCGUGGAGAAGCCGGAAGGCGAGGUGGAUGAGCAAGUUGUGGCGAAAAAGCUGUCCGUCCUCACCGGAAAAGACGCGAUAGUUCUGGUGAAGCAGAUAUUCAUCAACGAAGAAGGGCAGGCUAUCCUGAACAAGACCCACUUGUUCGUGUAUGCAUUGGACAAGGCGACAAAGACUCCAAUCGAUGCGGCACUGUUAAAAAGGCAAGGCUUUCCCCUUCACUAAUCCCACUGCAAAGAAACGAGGUUUAUAAAUUUUUAACGCUUUGUUUCAGUCUUCUGGACAAGUCCAAGGACAAGUUGGAAGACACAGAUCUCAAAGUGAUGAGUAUUCAGUUGCCGGUCGUUGCUAGUCGUCUCAUUUUCUCAUGGACGGAAGCGAUUAUUCUUGCUGUAUUUGUGAUCGCAAUCUUGGCUGCCUGUUUGGCGCUGAUCUGGUGUCUGCGGUGUAUGAAGCAGUAAGUAGUCGAAGCUUAAAGUUUCCAAGAAUGCUCUAGAUUCCUAUUUUCAGUCUUAUUCAUUCUAAGGUACUAGAUGUUUCCGAUUUUUAUUAUUAUCAUGGCUUCUAAUUACAUCUUUUCAGCCGAAGCAUUCAUGUGACCAAAACAGAUAUGGAUUACAUGGUGACAGCGGAAUCGCCAGGCCCGCAGCCCUUGAACGUUGGGCUGAUCUCGAGCAGGAAGGCACAAGACGUCUUGGCAAGACAUCCAUUGCCGGAGGCAAUAGAAGAGAACACAAUGACGUAAGUUUUUUUUAGUGCAUAAAGUUUGGUCUGCGGCGAAGCCGCAGACCAGGGUUUGCCAGAACAGACGAAAAAAAGCUGUCAAUAAAUCUAACCCGACCCUUUUUAGUCCCGAAGCCCGUUCGGCGAUGAUCGCGUCGGCGGGCGUUGUCUACGACAACCGCAACACAACCCCAUCGUCCACGGUGACCGACGUACCUCCGGACUCCUCGCAUUCGCCCAGCUCGUCGGUGCUUUGA